CUCUGACAGUUGUUUAUGAUGACCGAAGAAGACCUUCAUAACUUUACAGCUGUUGUCAACACGACACGUUAAAACAUGGAAGCGGCGAAUAAAACUGUUAUGUAAAAUGUCUCAUUUGCAGGCAAACGCGGAUAGUAUGCCACGAUGUCUUUCCGAUUCAAAACUGGACGAAGCUUUUGCGGCACACGGACAAAGCGGACAUCGAUUUGGAAGGAAAAGCUUCACUCGUCCAACCUACUGUCACCACUGUACUGAUCUACUCUGGGGUUUGACAAAUCAAGGACUUAUAUGUGAAGGUAAAAAAGCCCUACAAUGUUUUACGUCGUAGAUGCAACUCGUGGAUGAAUUCUUAAGUUUGCGGUCUUUGGGUUUAUAAGUAAAAAAAGUUCGUCGGAAAUGUCGAUUUUGUGCUCUGCCGAAAAUAAAAGCACGACGUCCUCGAUUAUUCUUUCUUAAAAACGGCGAGUUUAUAAUUUUGAUGACCUAGUAACAAACAUACAUCGCCUAUGGGUUUGGCACUUGGCUUAAUUUAUCUGUUUAUUUUAAAGCCUUGCAGUUAAUGUACGCUAAAAAUUAAUUUUCUCGUUUGUCAGUGCUUCUUAAAAGUUUCGUGACUUGUGAACAAUCUGAUGGUAUCUGUUCGAUUUUCCGUUCGACUUGUCUGUUCGAAGUUAAGGGGCUCCUCAUUAAGUUCAAAGAGAUUUAAGUUAUGGUUUUGCAGAUGCAAAAAUAAUUCAGAAUUCCCACGGAUAUUUAGAAUUAUUGUUUUAUGCUGAUAUGCGCAAUGUUCUGAAUGUUUGCGCUAAAACAUCUGCUAUGAUAUACAUGUAGCCUACUGGUUUCAGUCCUAUUUCUAAAGUGAAGCUCUGCAUGCAGACAUUAAAAUGUUAACAGCUAUGGUUCUGUCUUAUGUAGGUAAAAAAAUUGUUUUGAAAAAUUUGGCUCUUUUUAGUAAGCUACCUUAGGUUAUCUUAUUUUUUUCCUCUUCAAUUGAAAAUUCAAAAUGAAAUAUAACCUUAAUUUUUACUUACGUCAUAAAUUUUGAAGCCUUCCGAUUCAUUUUAAUAUGACGGGUUUGUAGGUUUCUUUGAACAUUUUAUUUCAAAUUUUAAAACAUUAGAUGCAAAUAGUAGAAUAUUUAUUAUCAUUUUAUUAUUUUGUCCAAAUUAAGGUUAAUGACAUUUUCAAACAUAAUAGAUAAUUACAUGUAUGAAUGUCCAGUUUCUUAAGGUCCAGUUCAAAUGUUGAUCUUUUCACGAACUGAACAUAAUAUCUAUUUCAACGGUUGACUCAGGCGUCAAACUUAAUUGGUUGAGUUCAAUUCAUUUUCAGGAUGUUCAAUGGUCUAAACUGCAUACAAGUGAAAAUAAAUUAUAGUAAUAAAUUUUAUGCAGUAGGUUUUCCCAUGUGGGCCACUCAAAUUAUCUUAAUUUAUGAGUCGCCCAAAUAAGACAUGUCAGACUUAAUUGAUUGAAACGUAGAUCUCUUCAUGUUCUUAAUUGAAGGGAUUAGGUUCGGUACACAAAAAGUUUGACAAUUGAACUUGGCCUUAUACCUACUUGGUGUAAAGUUGACAGGAAUAUACUACUGACAGAAAACAAGAUGGAAUAUGUUUUAAUUGAGUCUGUGGAGAAUCUGUUUCCCUUUGUUUGAAGAAAUUGAAAAAUGGCUUAAAAUUAUAAUUUGACUCCUUCUGUAACAGAUGCUAAUUUUUCACCAAGAUGUUUGAAAAGAGAGGGUUACUGAAUCUUUGGAAUCAUAAAAGAAUAAAUUAUGUCUGACUGCCCUGAAUAACUCAGUGAUCAAAUAAAACUACAUAACAUUUUGGGAGCUACUGCACUACUACCCUAACCCUGAGAGUACUAAUGUCAACUGGGGAUAGGUGUGUGUCAUUAAAGUUCUUAAUGUUUAACUCAAAAUUGUGAACACCAGAAAUAUUUCUGGAAUGACUUUUUGUGUGAGAAAAUUUAUUAAUUUAAAAAUCUUAAGCUCUAUAUAACGAGGUCCUCGCUAUAGCAUACAAUUUUCUUUACCCCAGUAAUAGUAAAAUUUAUGAAAAAGAACCUUGAUAUAAGGAAACCUCGUCAAAGUGAACAAAUUUUGUUGGUCCCUCCACCCUUCAUUAUAUUGAGGUUCUACUGUACAAGGAAAGAGCCAAUCAGGCCUGGUGUGGAAAGUAAAGGGCAAACAGCAACAGUGAUUAGUCUGUGCUUUUGUGAUUUGUUUGCUUGUCCAUAAAAUCAACAUUCCUGAAGCCCUGAGGAGGAUGGGGGGGGGGGGUACUUUAGGAAUGUCCGGGCAGGGAUGACAACCCUCCAAGUUGUGACCAUUUUGGUUGCCAUGGUGCCCAAAAUUUAGGAGCUGGUGACUUGAUUUGUAAAAAGGUCUCCCUAAACCAAAAGAGUUGGUUGCCAUAUGGCAACAAUGCAAAAACUUUAACUUCUAGGGUUGGAUGAAAUGCAGGGACCCGGUAACCCUUAAAACCUAUACCACACUUAGU